AUGACAAAACCAAUUGAUCCCCGCCUUGACACAAAGUACAAAAUAUUUUUGUACAACGAGUUGGUAUCAACAACACUCAUUUCCGAAGAUGUUUUUUUCAGCGAGAUUGAGGAACCUCCAAAGAAGAAACCAGACCUCCCAUCUCCCGGUUUUUCCUCUCCUCUGAUCACUAAGUUUGCGGAAGGGCCGGAGUGGGCGACACAGAAGAAACAAAUUCUGGAGGAGUACCCAUUUGUCAAAGAGAAGUAUCACUUAGAGGUUGAACAGAUGCACAAAUACAAGGAAAAUGACUUUUUCAAGGAGUUCUUUGCGUCGCGGUACUUUGGCGACACCGAGAAGAACGCGUCAAAUUCAUUUCAAGAAACUUAUCGCCGCGACGAAAAUGAAAAAGAGAAGGUCAAGAAAACACUGCGAGGGACUUUUUAUGAGAAGGAAGUCGCUUCGAUUGAAUUGAAGAAUGAUGGCUGGGAGGGGUUUGGUACGCGGGGGAUCACUUGGGGAGUUGAGAUGAUGUCGUGUCGACAACUCGAUUAUGAAAGGAAUUUGAGAGUGUCCAAGACCGUGGAGAACAUUAAUUGGCAUUCAGAAGUUGUUGUGCGACAACUUGGAAAGCACGUGAAGAACGAGGAGAGUGUUAAAUACGCAGUGACUGACACGAAGCGAGUGAAUGGAAUUCGCGAUAUCGGAUAUACAUCAUGGGACAAAGUCGACCCCGAGUGGUGCGGACCUAUUCACUUUGAGAGUCAAGAAAAGAGUACGCUGGGAGAGCAACAAAGUGACUUAAUGUUGAACAUCACAGACUUACAAAGUGUAGCAAAAAGAGUUGGGUCGGAGCAAAUACUUCGCUUCGAAUUGUUGUGUUCGUUCUGUUUAAAGUGUUACUGGAAGAACACUGAGAACAAUGAACUCAAAAGAAAGUUCAAAAAGAUCAUCCAGAAUUGUGCAGAGUAUGCAGAAAAGUUGUUACAGUCGUGUUUGCCAUUACAAAAACCUUUACUUGAUCAAGUUGUUGAACAACUUCACAAAGCAAUAUCGGUACAAGUUUGA